AUGGCAAGUGAAAAACAAGAAUUCUCUUGUGAUGGCGGGCAUUGUAUUAAAUUAAGUCACGUGUGCGAUUUUAUAUCAGACUGUGUGGAUGGUACAGAUGAAAAAUGUGAAUACCAAAACUGUGAUGAAAAUGAAUUUCCUUGUGAUAAUAAACAGUGCAUUCCAUCAGAAAAACACUGUAAUGCUAUACCUGACUGUUUUGAUAAUAGCGACGAAGAAAACUGUGAGUCUUGCACGGAUUCGUUUUUGUGUUCUGGUGAUAACAAAUGUAUUCCUCUUCGUCGGAUGUGUGAUCAAUACUCUGACUGUGCGGACAACAGUGAUGAACGUUGCGAUUUCAACAUUCCCACAUCUGCUGAUUUUAGCGAUGAAUAUCUUUCUCUGCCACAUUGGAAAGCUUGUGGAGACUCGGAUAGAGAAGUAAUCUUAUUUGUGGAAAAUGAUGACUCUGAGAUCAGUGAAGCAGCAACGCAUUUAGCUAAACAAUUUUUCACAAGCAGUGGCAAUAACAUCGUAAGAUUGUUUUAUUUUAAGAUUCUGCAUAGAGAAAUGAAGUUUGACAUAGAUUACAGGUUAUUGGAAAUAAACAUAGAACGUGUUACCAGAGAACAGAAAACUAAGGAAACUGGAUGCAAGUUUAAAACAAUGGCAAGAGACUUUCUUAAAACACUGCAGUUUUCCAAGCCAGAAAAAAGAGCGGUUAUUGUACUGGAAAACAGUAUUGAAUCAUCAGUUGUCGCUAGCUUAGCAUUGUCCAAUAUUUCAGAGCCAUCGUUUUCAAUCUAUCGGUUGAUAAAAGAUUUCAGUUCUUCACUUUAUAAAGAUAACAGAUACAAAUUUGUAAAGGAUAUACACAUCAGUAAAUGGAGUUCUCUAUUUUCGAUUGGAUUCAGACGAUUUCCAGAAAUAUGUACAGAGGCUACAAUUGUACCAUGCGCUGGGAAGUACAGAUGUUUGUCUAGUAAGCAAUGUAUACCAUUUGAACAAGUAUGUGAUGAUUUCAUACAUUGCAGAAAUGGCGAUGAUGAACGACUUUGUAAUUCUAUAUGUCCAGAGAAAUGUAAUUGUACGGGUGAUGUUAUUAAUUGUAAGGCAGUCAAUAUAUCAAUAUCUGAUAUUUCAUCAUUGACUGUACAGGCUAGAAGUCUUGAUCUAAGUAUAAAUCCACAAGUUAACAAAAUACAUAAACAAAAUUUAAAUUUUCCUUACAUGUUACGACUUAAUAUGUCAUCAUGUAGUAUUCAUUAUAUUGAUGAAAGGGCUUUCUUUGACUUAAACAAUUUGUUAUCGUUAGAUCUUAGCAACAAUAGAAUAGAGCGAUUACCUGAUAUGGUAUUUAGCAAGCUUGGCUUUCUAACCUAUAUGAAUCUGGAUAGAAAUAAAGAAUUAACAAUGAUUUCAUCGACUGCUUUUAAAGGUUUGAAAGCAGUAAGAAGCUUAAAAAUUUCCGGCACAAACCUGAAAAGGAUUAGUUCACUUACAUUCUCUGGGUUGCAGUUGGACAGUAUCGAUAUUUCUUACAACAAAAUUGAGGAAAUUGAAAAUUAUGUCUUCAACAAUACGCAAGUUCAUAAAAUUAACUUUGAAGGCAAUAAAGUUAUAAAAUUUGGAGAAUAUAUGUUUAACGGCGUAAGAUCACUUCGGGAGCUUCAUACACCUGCAUUUAAAUUCUGCUGUAUCCGGCCUUAUUAUGUUCGUGAAGAAGAUUGCAAACCAUUAAAGAAUGAAUUUUCUUCAUGUGAAGACCUUAUGAAAAACUGUGUACUUCAAGCUGUCCUUUGGAUAGUUGGGGUAGCUUCGUUGCUAGGGAACUUAUCGUCAAUUAUCUACCGUCUCGUGUACGAUCGUGAAAGGCUAAAAAUAGGAUAUGGCAUAUUUGUAACCAACCUAGCAGUUGCAGAUUUCCUGAUGGGUGUUUACCUCAUCAUGAUAGCAGUUGCUGAUUUUUUUUUAACAUCUCUUUACAAUAGAAAAAUUUUAUUUUUUACACGGUGCUAG